AUGUGUCCAUCAGAGUUCUAUCAUCCCGGAAUCACGUGGCCCGGUUAUCAAUACGGUCAACAAUAUCCAUUCGCUACAGGACCCUAUGCACAACAUAUGAUGGAUAUCCCUGGAUUAACAGGUUUGAUACAAGUUCUCAAACUUACCAAAGCUGAUCUUGCGGAUAUAAAGAAUAUAGAAGGACCCUAUGCUCAGCGUAUGAUGGAUGUCCCUGGAUUGACAGGCUUGAAACAGAUUGAACUUGUCAAGAUUGGUCUUGCGGUGGAUAAGAAAGGACUGAUGUGGGGCUUUUGA